GCAUAGAGGAAACACGGCUUUACAGGCUAAAAACCGGGACUGCUGAUGCUGCUAAACAUGGAGUGUCGCCUCCUUUGCGGAAUAAACCGAGUUUACGCUGAUGUGGCCGGUCAGUGAGUUUAUAAAAGCGAAAUAUUUGGCUCCUAAUUUGUAUAUAUAUUUUUUUUUUAACCGUUGAUACUCACAUCUGCAAUGAUGCGGGCUGAGGACUGGGGACGAGCGAUUGUACUCUGCCUUUUGGGACACCUUGUCUCCAGAGCUGUCGCCAAAACAUUACCGGAGGAUACAGCCACAGAAGAGGUGACUCUGAAGGUCCACCUGAGCGAUGCCAGCACUCACCAGCCCCUGGGAGGAGCCACCAUACAGCUCUUUGCCAACCAAACUCCCGUAACCUCGGAAACAUCGUCACCCGAUGGCAACACCUACCUGCGCUUCCCUUACCGCCUUGGGACACCGUUGGUCGUCACCGCAACCAAACAGGGAUACGUGCCAAACUCUGUGCUCUGGAGUCCCUCUAGAUUACCUGUUUUUUCCUCCAUCAGCUUGGACCUGCUGCCAGAAAGAGCUGCUACUCUGAUGGUGUAUGAUGAUGUUGUGGAGAUUGUUUCAGGCUUGCAAGGUCUCAGACAUCAGCCCAGUGUUCACUUCCAGCGCAGAGCUCUGAGUCUUCCUGCCAACACAUCCUACGCCAACCUGACUGCUCUGCUCACCGUGGCCAGCUCCCCCUCGCACAUCCAGCACUUUCCCCACCUGCAGGUCCUCAGCGGCAACGGCACAGGGGCCGAGAAGAAGUUUGAGUUGACUCCCGUGGCGGCGAUCUCUGUUCACCUAUUGGCCAGUGACGGAGUGGAGCUGCAGGUGAAUGAGCCAAUCACGGUCUCCGUCCCCCUGCCAGUUGACAGCGGCCUGAAGGAAAAUGAUCACAUCCCUGCAUGGAGAUUUGACCCGCGCUUGGGUGCCUGGAUAAAAAGCAGCUGGGGUCACGUGCAGCGGGAGGGCAACCAGCUCAGUCUGACCUACAUUGCUCCUCAGCUGGGAUAUUGGGUCGCCGCCAUGUCCCCACUGCACUCAGGUCCAGUGUUUGCGAAGGACAUCAGCACGUACCACACUGUGUUCCUGUUGGCUAUACUGGGAGGCAUGGCUCUCAUCCUGCUCUGUCUGCUGUGCCUCCUGCUGUACUACUGCAGGCGUCGUUGUUUGAAACCUCGAGUGUCUCACCGCAAGCUGACUGUGUCCUCUGGUCUGGACGGCAGUAAGAGGGACCAAGCCACCUCCAUGUCCCACCUGAACCUCAUCAGCAACGAGGUGCAGCUGGAACUUGUUUCCACAGCGACUGAGCCCGACAUGACCACCCCGAUGUUAAAGCCUUCAUCAUAUGAGCACCAAGACAAUCAACGUCAACAAAGCCUAAUCCAUCACAGCAAACACAGCCGCUCCUCGCUCGGCAACAACAGCCACCACGGCUCAUCUCUUUGCAAUCUGACGCCUCGCAGCAGAGACUACCGGCAGUCUGUGGAGACCUUCCAGUUAAAGUCUGCCCUUUCAUGUGGAACAGACAGAGGCUACCGUCAAUCAUACACUUCCGUCUGCUCAUCCAGCAACCCGAUUUCAGACCCGCUCCCAUUAGCCAAUCAUAAUCAGGUGUCGGCUAACCAGCUGAGCAGCGCUGGGAUCGGUGAUUGCAUCUCCCCUUCCUCUCCUCCUCACUCCCCCAGCAGAGGGGAGGGAUGUGAGUGUAGAGCUCCUGACUACCUUCUGUCGCGCUCUGUGGACCACCUGGAGCGCCCCAGUCCCCCGCUGCUCUCCCGGCCGGGCCAGCUGCUCUGCUGCGGCUCCGUGGACCUGCUGAGUGGAGGAGAAGGCUACCCGAGGGUGCGUCCGACACUGGUGAUCCCAGCACACUACAUGCGUCUGCCCGGGGAGCACCCUCUGUCAGGUCAGGCCCUCCUGCUGCAGACGGACCAGCAGAGUGACCUGGAGACCAUCCAGGCUGAGCUCAAUGCCUCACAUUCCCAGCAGCCCCUGGGGGAAACCCCUACUGUUGGCGCCCCACAUCCCACUAAGCAGAGCGACACAGAGCGGCUCGGCCUGUCAGAGUCUCUGUCUAUCCCCGCAGCGCUUGGGGAAACAGGUCUAGUGGAGAUAAACAGUGAGGACACCUUGUUGGCUGAAAAGACUUUAAUGGAGCUGCGAGGAGGGAAGCCUCUGCCUCACCCGCGAGCCUGGUUCGUCUCACUUGACGGACGCUCCAAUGCGCAUAUUCGCCACUCCUACAUCGACCUCCAGCGGGCAGGGUGCCAUAGCAACGUGCCAGGUGGGGGAGGUCAGCAGGGCAGCGGUGGGAGGCGCGGCAACGAUGCCAGUCUGGACUCCGGUGUGGACCUAAACGAGCCAAGAGCGGGCCGCAAGGGGAGAGACGGAGGGCGGGAGGAAAAAGAGACUGACAGGUCAAAGGGCACAACACCAGCCAUGGCUUACACUCAGCUGGUGUAUGUGGAUGACCUGGACGGGGGAGGCAGCGAGGAGGAGACGCCCAAGUGCAGCCCACAGGACACUAAAACAGGACCCAUCCUGUCAGACAAAGCAGAGGGUCAGAGAGCGGAUCAGGGGGAUGCGGAGGAGAAAAGAGCAGAGGGGGUGCAAAUACAAGAGGAGCCGCCCUCGCUUUCCUCCUCAUCCCCUUCUUCUCCUCCUCCCCUGCCGACGCCAGAGGGAGAGACGUUCAGGACUGAUCAUGCGCUGCUGUCAGUCUCUCCUGAUGACGAUGCAGCACACGAGGAUGGGGAGGAGGAGAAGAAGAGUCCCUGGCAGAGGAGAGAGGAGCGACCCCUGCUGGCCUUUAACCUGAAAUGAUCCACAGAUGACAGCUUUGAGGACGGGUUCACAUCUUUUCUUAAUGGAAUAAUCAGCAUGCCCAUGUGUACAGUGAAAGUGUUUUUUGUUGCUAUAAUUGUUCCUCCGGUACACACUGGCCUUUCUUUAAAGAUAUUUUGAUAUAAGUUCUGGAGUACAAAAUCCACGGUACUCAGAUUCAGGUAAAGCUAUUUGAAAGGCUGAGUUAGACAUAUCAAGUGGGAAUCUUUCAAAAUUUCAGUCCUUUUAGAUAGAUAAAGUGCUUUAUAAAUCCUGAUAGGAAAUCGCAGCAAUCCUGUAACAACAAUAAAAGCAUAAGAGACAAAUAGCUAAAAUCUCAAAAAUUAAAAGGUGGGGAACUGCAACAAUAUGAGUCAAAAAUCAAAUGCAUCGAACUAAGUAGAUGACUAACAAGACUUGCCAAGAUGGUUUUGGUGAUUUUUAUUGUUUGAUGAUGUCAGCUGAACGAAGUAUGUUUUAUAAUAAGUUAACAAAGCGAUUAGGCUACUUAAGUAAAGGAGAAACUUUGAUUUGUGUGUGGUUGUACACAUCAAAAUGACCACAGCAAACAGUUCAAUGUCUUUUAUAUACAUUCUGUUUCUAUGCAUAAUACAUAUACUUUAAGAUUCAGUAUGACUUAGAUUUCCUCAUAUCUUUAUCUUCAAUGUCCGUCAUGAAUAGAGGUCCAUAAAACUGCUAAGAAAUUGUAGGAAAAGAUGCUCCUUUUGACUCCUGAAUCAUCCCCAUUUUAUGUUUUCUUUAGCAUCACUGACACUGAAAACACGGAAAAUUCCCUGUUGAAGGGACCUGUUUGCUGUUAGUGUAGACAGGUAGAACAAGUUCAGCAGCCAACACUGUUAUUUUGUGCAUAUGGGCAUGUUUUUUUGUGUUUUUUUUAGAUAGACUUGGAAAGAUGUGAACUGAUCCUUUUAUC